AUGGAAAUUGACAUACCUUCAAGAGAUGAUCAGUUUGCUAUGCCUGAAAAUUAUUUACAUAUAUGGCCACGUCAUAAAUUUGUUAUUAUUGCUUCACCCAAUCAAGAUAAAUCGUUCAAUGCUACACUUAUUUUACCGAUGUCUAUUUUUAAUAGUCUAUCGAAAUCCGAAGAAAUUUUACAAUUCUUUCAACAAUAUUUUCCUGAUGUUCUAUCAUUUGUCGGAUCAGAUAAUAUUAUCAAGACACUUCUUUCUUCGAAACCACGUUCUCUAAUCACUAUUAAAUGUUCAACAUAUGUGUCAUCAACUGGUGACAUGCUUCUAAUGGGUGAUGCAGCUCAUUCGAUAGCUCCAUUCUAUGCUCAAGGAAUGAAUGCAGCAUUUGAAGAUUGUCUUGUCUUAUUCGAAACAUUAAAACAAACAAAUUUUGAUAUUCAAAAAGCGUUUAUUGCUUACAAGUGA